AUGACGACCCAAAUGGCAAAGCUAAUCAGGAAUGGACUCUUCAAAGAAGUUCUAACUCUUUACUCGCAAUUCCAUUCUGCCUCUAUCUCUGGCAUGUUUCUUCCCAAAAAACCUGCCUUUCCUUAUCUCCUUAAAGCUUGCGCCGGCCUUAAAGCGCUUUCUGAAGCACAAAUGUUGCAUGCCCACAUCAUCAAAUCGGGGUUUCAGUUCAAUAUUCACACCGCAACUGCUCUAGCAAGUGUGUAUAUGAAGCUUGGCCUCGUGGAUAAUGCCACCUAUGUGUUCGAUGAAAUACCUCAACCGACUAUCGCUCUCUAUAAUGCGGUGAUCUCUGGGUUUUCUCAAAAUGGGUUUAGCGAUAAGGCCCUGAAAAUGUUCCGCUUAGCUAACGAUAGAAAUGUUAGACCCGAUUCGGUUACCAUAGCCAGUGGGCUCUCUGCCUGUUUUGAUGUUGAGCAUGGCGUGCAGCUGCAUUCUUGGGCUGUUAAGAUUGGGGUGGAAAUCGAUAUUUACGUGGCUACGUCUUUGGUAACUAUGUAUUUGAGUUCUCGAGCUCUGGCUUCAGCGGAAAGGCUCUUUCUGAUGAUCCACAAUAAAAGUGUUGUCUUCUAUAAUGCAUACUUAUCAGGGAUGCAGCAGAAUGGGGCCAACUGUCAGGUUCUGAGUACAUUUAAUGAGAUGAGAUCGUCAUCGGGUGAACGGCCCAAUUCUGUUACAUUGCUUUCAGUUACCUCUGCUUGUGCUAAUCUUAAGCACCUACGGUAUGGUAGGCAAGUUCAUGCACUUGUAACCAAAGGGAAGCAGAUGUUCGACACUAAGAUUGGGACUGCCCUGGUAGAUAUGUAUUCCAAGUGUGGUUCUUGGGACUCUGCGUAUGAGGUAUUUAAAGAACUUGGUAGUCGUAGGAACUUAAUAACUUGGAAUUCAAUGAUUGCUGGGAUGAUGUUGAAUAAUCAAUGUGAAAGUGCUGUGGACCUCUUCGCUCAGUUAGAAGGUGAAGAAUUUUUACCAGAUUCAGCAACAUGGAAUUCCAUGAUUAAUGGGUGUUCCUGCCUAGGGAAACCAGAGGAAGCUUUUAUCUUUUUCAGGAAAAUGAUUUCCUUUGGUGUGGUGCCUUCGCCGAAAUGCAUCACAAGUUUGUUGACGGCCUGUUCAGCUCUUUGUGCUCUGCGAUAUGGACAAGAGAUUCAUGCAUGUGUCCUCCGGACUGGUAUUGAUAGUGAUAACUUCAUUGCUACCGCAAUGAUUGAUAUGUAUAUGAAAUGUGGGGAGACUACUUUCGCCCAGGAUAUCUUCAACCAUUAUGAAAUCAGGCCCACAGACCCAGCAUUCUGGAAUGCAAUGAUCUCGGGUUAUGGCAGAAAUGGCAGAGGCGAAGAUGCUUCUAAGUUGUUCUAUCAGAUGCUGGAGGAGAGAGUGCAGCCAAAUUUAGCAACGUUUAAUUGCAUGCUCUCAAUGUGUUCUCAUACUGGUCAAGUUGAUUUGGGGUGGCAAAUUUUUCAGUUAAUGAUUGUCGAUUAUUCCUUACAACCGACUUCAGAGCAGCUCAGUAUCAUAAUAGACAUGCUUGGCCGAUCUGGCCUGCUGAAAGAAGCCCAAGAUCUACUACAAGAAGUAACAGAGCCCUCGUCCUCAGUUUUUGCUUCAUUGCUGGCAGCUAGUAAGCAGUAUAUAGAUUCUGAAGUGGCGGAAGAAAUGGCCAAAAAACUUUCAGCUUUACAGCCAGAUAAUCCUAUUCCUUUUUUGAUUCUAUCCAAUAUUUAUGCUGGAUUAGAAAAGUGGAACGAUGUUGAGAGAAUCAGGACCUUUGUCGGUGAAACAAAAUUGAGAAAAGUUCCUGGUCAUAGCAAAGUAGGAGUAACAUAA